UAUAUACGAGAUAUAUGCCAGUUUGUAUAUGUGGUUGAUAAGACUGUAGUCUGUUGGUUUCCAAACUUUCUUUCGACAUAAAGCCAUAUCCCCCCUUUCUUCGACCCUGCAUCUUGAUUCUCUGCAUUACAACUCCAUGGAAUUUCAGCCCUCUUAUAUGGCAGCAAUGAGUGAGUCUGAUACAGCACGUUUGAAGCCGCAAGUGGAGCAGAAUGCCGGCUCGGCCACUUACACGCCCUUCUUGCUACGACUUUACGAUUUCUGGGUUCUUGGGGUAUCAAAUCACUUUGCUUGGCAAUGCUCAACAACAAAAGUCCAACUUCCCCUCUUCAAAGCUACAAUAGGAAAAAGGCAUCUCGAUGUUGGCGUCGGGACGGGAUAUUAUCCAGCCAAAUCCGUCGAAACCGAAACGCCAUGCAAAGAGAUCACACUCGUCGACCUAAAUCCGAACACGCUAAAUCAAGCUGCCGCUCGUAUCAACGAAGCACAGAAAAACAUAAAAGUAAACACCGUCGUUGCCAACAUCUACGAGCCGUUGCCUCUGCCCACUGGCGAAAAGUUCGACUCUAUCAGCACCUUUUACCUCCUCCACUGCCUCGCCGGCCCCCCUGAAAGCAAGACACAAGUAUUCGACGUCUUAAAAAAAUACGUUGCCGACGAUGGCGUCUUCGUGGGCACCACCAUCCUCGGCAAGGAGAGGCCGAUGAACUUCUUCGCCGGGCGACUAAUGAAACUCUACAACGAAAAGGGCAUCUUUGACAACUGGCAAGACAGCAAGGCCGUGUUCGAGGAAGGCCUACGGCGGAACUUUGACGAGGUCGAUAUCCAGAUCAUUGGAAGGAGUAUGGUCUGGACGGCCAGGAGGCCCAAGAAGGAAGCAUGAUGCGCCGGGCGAGCCCGGCAUCACAUGAUGCUUCAGGGGGUGGGGGGUGAUUGGAUGACGAAGAUAUAAGAGGGUAGAAAGUGCGAAGCGGCGUCGGCACCUUUUUUUUUUCCACAUUUGAUUUGUGGACAAACAUACGUAGUCUUCCGCACGGUGAUACAUGAAAGGUUUCUAUUACUUUUUUUUUUUUUUCUUUGUUAUUCUGUUGCCGUUCAUAAUGUUUUGUUUGCAUCCAG